AUGACGGUCUGGGUGACUCUACUUCGCGUGGUUACUUCUAUCGCCCAGAUUGGAAUGAUUCUCAGUCCAGGACCCGACAUUAUCCGUGUUCACAAGCACAAGACCACAGGCGAGAUGGCGGCACUUCCGCUAAUUGCAAUGAUCGUCAACAACCACCUAUGGACGCUGUACGGGUACCUAACCGACAGUAUCUUUCCGCUCAUGACAACGCAACUGUUCGGCGAGCUCGCAGCCAUGGUGUUCACUGCGAUAUAUUAUCGUUGGUCGAGUGACCGUCCAGCAUUGAACAAGUUGCUCGCUUGGGCUCUUUUAGGGUAUGCUGUCAUCACUGCGUAUGUGGUGCUGGGCAUUGCCAGAGUUACGAACCAAACCGAUGACGAAGCACAGUUCGACACGUGCUGA